AUGAGAACAACAUCGGUUUUCCAAACUCCUGAACAGGUGUCGAAGCAAAGGCGUCUGCCGCCGAUCCGAGUGUCUCCUUCGAAAUCGGGUGUCCGUUGCAAGUCCGUGGACAACACGACCGCCGACGUCUUGGGCGAAUUUCCCGGCAACACGAACCUGACCUUCUGCGGCAUCGACGCCUGCCAGCACUGCGUCGGUGGAUACAGCAACAGGACCUACUGCACGCUGCUCUGGACGAGGGAUCCUUUCCUCAAGUUCGAGCCGUUGGUGCAGUCAGACUUCAUGGUGGGCGUCAAGUGGAACGUCGCUGCCACGGGCAACCAGAGCUUCUCGGCCAAGGUGUGCGCGUCCGAAGGCAACUGCUACAUGCGGUGCUUCGAGGAGCGCGUGGACAGCGGCAGCGGCCAGUUCCUGGUGCCCACCGACCUCUGGAGGUUCCGACUAACCGUGCACGUGCGCCGCUUCGACGGCACCACGCUUUACCAGAAGAAUUUUAGAAGCAAGAGGCUCGCUCCUGACCGGCCCUGCUUCUCGACGGGCGUGGUGAAGAGCUGGUCCGAGAUCUGGCUGUACUGGUGGCCACAGGACGACACCUGCGACGGCUACCUGGUCAGCUGGUGCAGGGACGCCUCGCUCUGGGCGGCCCACGACUCCUCCCGGCAGCACUCCAACUGCACCAUGGACGUCAGCGGCUCGUCGGUCGCCCUCCGGCACCUGAAGGCGUUCUCGAGGUACGUGUUCAGCAUGAGGGCCUACCGCUGGCUGGACGCCAAUAGGACGGAGCGACUCUUCAGCCGACCACUCAAAUCCCAGUCGAUCGUGCUCAUCAAUCCGAGCUUCAUACCGGUCUUCGUGCUCGUGGCCAUCCCUGCGGUCUCGGUCAUUGUUUCCGUCGUUCUCAUCCUUGCGAACAUUGUUCUCAGAAGGGAUGUACCGUCUCCGCGGCUGAACAGACCUCGAGACCAACCCAGGAGGAACGCCACUUACCAAAGGCCACCUCAGCUUCCGCCGAUAGUCCUCCGACGGCAUUCCAGGGGGGACUUCGAGUAGCCGGUGGAUGUUGUUUAAAAUUAUUGCUUCGUCAAUAUCAGAGCAAAUAAAUGGCUCUUACUGCUCUUCAUCUGCGAGUUACAGUUUAUCUCCAAUCGUAAGUGAAGCGUGGACAGAUAAAUAACA